AAUAACUAUGUUGCAGAUCACUACACUAGUUGACUGCAAAUACCUAAUCUCCGGCAUAUCCUACGCUUCCUAUAACACUGAUGAGCUGGUCAAUGCUCCUCAUGGUGGUGUCACGGAGUUGCGAUGUGAAUGGCCUGGAAAAACACUGCACACACCUUAUAUCAGCUGUAAAGUCAAUUUUGAGCAAGAGAUAAUAAUUGGCCACCUAGCAAGUCCGUGUAACACCAUCUGGCGGUCUGUGUGUGCACUACACAAUAUGAAUCAACUUCUGGUCGACAUGACUGCUGCAGGAUAUUCUUCUGUUAACCUGGAAACUGCUUCAAUCAGAAAUAACACGCCAGGCGCUAGACGCCACAACAACUCGAAACGUGUCAACGAACUAUUGAACGAGACUGAGACAUAUGCGUAUACCGCGGAAUGUCCCGCUGGCGGGUGCAUUUGUGUUACAGAAGACACCACUACACUAGGACAGUGUCUAAAUGACAUGAAUGCUAUUGGGUCUUCUAAUGAUUUUACUUAUAAACUCUGGGAUAUAUUGCGAGAUUGCGAAACAGCAGAGGAAUUAAUAACAUUACUAAUCCAAGCCCUCAAGUUUAUAUCUUCGGGAAAAAUCAGACCAUUCAUAGACGCGAACAACAAAACGUAUCUAUCGAAGCUAGUCCUCAAAUUGUCAAGAGGACACUCACAAGCCGCUAAAGUAUUGAAGAAUCUUCGGUCCAGUCCACCACAAGCGCUGUCAUUGGUCGCGCAAGUCGGUACUGAGAAAACUAUGUGGGAAUAUACGAGGGUCAUGUCACUGCUGGAACAUUCCUUCUUCAUUGCUGGGAUCUGGAACAGUGAUGCAAGAACACACGAAUCAAUAGAACAAAUAAACCAAACAAUACAGGACAUGACAAUGAGUGGAGGUGAUUUCCAACUGAAUCCGUUCGAGAGCUUCACGUCAGCCGAGCAUUCUAUUCGAUUGGACUGUGAGUCGUUCUACGAGGAAGACACACAUGAACUAACCGUGGAUGACUUCGCGUCCUUGAAGAAACACGGUCUUGUUGCUGAAAAGAAAGAUGUUAAUGAGGUGCCAUUAAUAACUGAUGAAAUCGACAUAAGUCCGUGGAAGAAUCUCUUGAUGAAGUUCGCACAAGUUCAUGUGUGUUUAGAACAUCUACAUCGAGCCGAGAGCUGUUUGAGAGCUGAUUUUGCCAGUCUAAAACCAAUAGCGUCGAGACUGUUAGAACACUAUGUGUCAGAGAAGUCUCCUAUAAGAACAGUAGGACAGUUGAUGAGCGAUCCUAUACAGAGAGUCAGUAUGCCUAUUGCUAAUAACAUCGUGCAGGAUCAUUUAAAGAAGCCCGCAUUCUGGUACCGAGUGGAAAUGACGAGGAAAGACAACGCUGCGAACAAAGGCGUGCAAAGAGAAUCUAAGAUGGUGUACGUGUUCUCCCAACAACCAGUCUUUCCACCGAGUGUUUGGCAGAGUAUAGAUCCUCCCACAGAAGAAGUAGCAGAAGUAACAACGUUAGGAGAAGAUCUCAAAUAUCAUAUCACUAAAUACACGUUCAUAAGCAACAAACUUGUAAAUAAACUACCCUUUUAAUAUUCUCAAUACUUUGUAAGAUCAUUAUUUUUAUUUUAAGUUGAAAUAUAAAGGUAUAUUUUUUUAUUUAUUA